ACAAAUGUCAACGCAGACAAAUCAGGCGCGUAACGUAGUUGGGUUCGAGGUAUCGGAUAUUGGAGGUCUUCGGAGAGUGUUCGCAAAACCAACGUUUAACAGUGAGAAAUUUGCGAAAAAUGUAUCCAAAAAUGGAGAUACGGCUACCAGCAAUAUGCUGGAAAAAGUUAACAUUAUAUCCUCUGAAGCCGCCAGCAAGAUGAAACGUGCAGUUUUUGAAAAUUACAAACUGUUUAUUAAGGCUGGUAAAGCCGCUAGCCAAUUAGAAAAUACGAUGCACCAAAUUCACAACGAAUUUACUGAGAAGCAACGUGUAAUGAAUACUCUUACUGAGCUAUCUUUAUUUAAUGACAUUAUUACUGAUGCAUCUGCUUCAGAACGUGCUGUGUCCAUAUCACAGGUUGAUGAAAAAACUGAAAACUUACCCUGUAGUGAGCAUUCUGGAAUUUCGGCAACCCAAUUGGCCGAACUGGUAGAGGGAGCUUCCGUUUUGGUCGGGGAUUCAAGUCGUCGUGUUAUAUUUGAUGGGGAUCUGCGUGAAUUAAGUAUGAAUGAUUUCACUUUUGUUUGCAUGGCUCGAGUCUUUGUAUUAACAGAUACUUUGGUUAUUGCAUAUCACAGUCAAUCUAACUCCUCGUACCCAUAUCGUCUUCAGUCAACGUAUGAUUUGAACAACUUUGCUGUGGCUAAUUUCCCUCCCAUGGAUCGCCUUCAAACUCCAAAUAAUGCGUUCAAAUUAAUAGUUUUUCCUACUAAUCGUCUUUUCCAAACUGAAACGCCCAGUGACAAGAAACGUUGGUUAACAUUAUUGGAUGAAGUGAUGCGUAAAUAUCGAAAUACUAAUUCGUAUGUUGCAUCAAAUUUAAGAUCCGAUCCCCAUAUUACUACAAAUUCUUAUGACGUUUUGGAUAACAAUUCUAUGAAGUUGACUAUGUUACCUCCAAAGGUAUCUGCUGAAGCUGUUGUUGCUGGUCAUAAAGCUUUGUCUUCCACUUUACCAGAUUGUGUAGACCUCUUAACACCUAUCGAUAAAUUGGACUUGUCUGCUAAAAAAAAUCCUUUUGAUGAUUCCCGUGAAACUGUUAAAUCUCCCAUGGCAAAAGUUGGAAGUCAUAAAUCUCGACAUAAUUGGUUAUGGGAUGUACCAGAAGAUUUAGAUGUAGCAAUUUCUGAACGAAAUUUUCAACGUGCUACUAAUUUAAUUGUAAAAGCUAAAGAAUCAUUAAAUCAAAUACUGACUGGAGAUAUAUCAAAACCAUCUAUGGAUACAAAUAUACAGUCAUCUAAUUCUAGUACACCAGGUCAAAUAUCUGAUACUGUUGAUCAUAGAUCUAAAACAGAUUGGGAGAAAUUAUCUAAGCGUAUUGAACGUAACGAACGAAAUCUUACAGAAUCUUUGCAAUAUGAAUUAGUAUCAGCAGCUUGUAGACAUGGCGCUCCUAAAUCCGUGAAAGCAGCUGUUUCUCAAUUAGGUUUACUUGGUAAAGCAUCUCUUGCAGCUGAAUUAUUUCUAGUUUAUCGUUCACAAGUAAUGACAAAGUCUUUGACACAUGGUGUACAUCAAGAAGGCAAUCAAUUAAUCUAUUUAAAUAAAUUAUCGCUUACUUUCCAUCGUAAUUUAGCUGAAACAGCUGUAGAAUGGUGUCAAAGUGUAGUUAAACCGCUGGGUGAAAUUCUUGCCUCAAAAACUAAUGGUAUAUCACCACAACAAUUUGAAAAUAUCUGUUCUUUAAAAUUUUAUAGUUGGACAUUGGAUGAAACUGAGAAAUUCGGUCAACAACUUCGUGUUUUACUGAUCGAUAGUCAUGCAGUAUCAUUUUAUUCAAUGGCUUAUGCUGCUCAACGAAUUAAGGCACAUGCUGAUAAGCUUACUGAAUUACUGAGUGUUGAUAUUUCUUCUACUCUCAAUCGAAGCUUAUCACGUGCAUGGAAACGUGCUGCUGAUGAACAGUCACGUUUACUCUGUGAAGCUGUUGAAAAUCGUGCAAAACAAGAAUCUUGGGAAACUUUAUCGAAUCUACCUAAAGGGGAACAAGAUAAAAUCAUUGCAGAUCUAUUGGAAUUUGGAAUACUUAACCAAUAUACCGCAGUUGAUUAUGGUUUAAAAUUAACAAUGAGUACAUAUUACCUUAUUCGGUCUCUACGACAAUUUAUUCAAAGUGUCCAUCUAUUAAAUUGUUCCGAGUUAGAUUUAACUUUAAUAUCGUGUUUUGUACAAACAUUAAAUUCAGAACUUGAUUGUUUUGAACGUGUUUCACCUAUUGAUAUUUCUGAUCCGGCUAGAGUAAGUAAUCCACGACAUUCCAGUUUAAUUUGUUUACUUGAUCUAUUUGUACUGUUAAGCCAAAGCUAAGAUUUGGUUGGUCAACUUAAUUUUGUUACAAUGUACGUGGUGAGUAUUUGUUUAAAAUAUCUGAAUUAUUGAUAGAAAAACCUUUUAUAAACAGAUAUUAGAUGUCUGUUUAGCAAAGUAAAUUGUAUUUAUAUAAAAGAAUUCUAUACAUGUGUACAGAAUAUUUAAUAGAAAAAUAGUUUACUGGAUGGGAUGGGUGGAAAGUUUAUUAAGAUUGUUGGAUUUUCCAGCUUACACCACGAACUGCUCUUAGAUAAUCAAACCGAAAAGCAUUUGACAUCUAUUUCAUCCUAGUGUGAUUGUUCGAUACCACAAAAUGAUUUAAGCUAUUAACUGCUGUCACAGCUGUUUGACCGUUAGGCGCUCGUUGCGAAACUUGAUAGUCUUGCCCUUAAUCUCCGAUCGGAUCAUGGAUACCCGAAACAACUGUCUGGUGUUUCUUGGUUUUCAAUGGGUUUUUUUUACUAAGAUCAGUUCGUGGUGUAAAGUAGAAAGAUGGAUUUAAGAAUUUAUGUAGAAUAUAAGCGAUUGUCGAAUUCCGAUUUUGUAGGUCAUUUAUCAACCGAGUAAAACUAUGGCCUUACUACCAGAUAUCAGUAGUGUAACAUAUAUAUAUAUAUACCUGAUUUAGUCACACAAGAAUCAGUUCGGAUGUCAAUUAGUAGUCCCAUCAUCAACACAAGUUUGGGCCGCUUACACAUUAGAAAAUCACUUGAGCAGUGUUAGUUGGAAAAAUUUUGUUCACUGACCCUUAUAGGAAAAACCAUAACAAUUUUGUUCAUGAAAUUACAUGUUCAUAACUUUUGUUUGGUUGAUUUUCAUUUCAUGAUUUACGUAAAUUUCCUUGUACACAUUUUAUUUUGUUUUUCUGUUUUAGCAAUCUAUCAUUAUAAUCAAUUUAGAAUUUUUAAUCAAGACAGUUGUGCCCAAAUUUGGUAAUAUUUUAAAUUGUUCCGAGAAUCCAACUAUCCAAAAACUGGUCUCCAGUUUGAAAACGUCACUUCAGAAUAUUAAAGGUUUAGAAGAGGAAGAAGAAGUGGUGGUGACGACGACGACGGCGAAAAAAUCGAAUAUUGUUGUUGACGAAGGAGGUGAUGUUAUAUAAAUCCUUUUCUCUCGUUGAGCAAGGCGAUGGAAGGGAUUCUUUUCUUUUAUUUUAUUUUCUCUUCUUUUAAAUUAAACUCUUAUUUUGAUAUGUUUUAAUAGUUUGACAGCUGCGUCUUGUUUUAUUGAUAUUCUUAAUUUUAUUUAUUUUAAAUAAACAUUUGUUUCUCCAUAGUGAUAAUAAUAAUAAUCAACACUUA